CUCCUCGGCCCCGGUCCGGCAGCCCCGGCUCCGCGCGCCCCCGCCCUCCGCGCCGCCGUGGCCCCUCGCGCCUGGCUGGCUGCCCGCGGGCGGGCCGCCCUGCCGCCUGCAGCCCACCUCCCUCUUAAAGCCGCGGCGGGAAGAUGAGGUUGCGAGAGCCGCUCCUGGGCGGCAGCGCCGCGAUGCCCGGCGCCUCCCUGCAGCGGGCCUGCCGCCUGCUCGUGGCCGUGUGCGCGCUGCACCUCGGCGUCACCCUGCUCUACUACCUGGCCGGCCGCGACCUGGGCCGCCUGCCGCGGCUGAUCGGGGUGCCCACGCCGGUGCAGCAGGGCAGCUCGAGCGCCGCGGCCAGCGGGCAGCCGCCCGGGGAGCCCCAGCCCAGGGAGCCCCAGCCCGGGGGCGCCCGGCCGCCGCCGCCGCCGCGCGUCUCCGCGCAGCCUCGCCCAGGGCGCGACCCCGGCCCGGGCGCGGAUUCCGAGCCCGGCCCCGCGAGCAACUUGACUUCGGUCCGGGUGGCCCCCGCCACCGCGCUGCCGCUGCCCGCCUGCCCCGAGGAGUCUCCGCGGCUUGUUGGCCCCAUGCUGAUUGAAUUUAACAUUCCUGUGGAUCUGGAGCUUUUGGCCAAGCAGAACCCAGAGAUAAGGAUGGGCGGCCGGUACACCCCCAAGGACUGCAUCUCUCCUCACAAGGUGGCCAUUAUCAUUCCAUUCCGCAACCGGCAGGAGCACCUCAAGUAUUGGCUGUAUUACUUGCACCCGAUUCUGCAGCGCCAGCAGUUGGACUAUGGUAUCUAUGUUAUCAACCAGGCUGGAGAUGGUAUGUUCAACCGUGCUAAGCUUCUCAAUAUUGGCUUUCAAGAAGCCUUAAAGGACUAUGACUACAACUGCUUUGUGUUCAGCGAUGUGGACCUCAUCCCAAUGGACGAUCAUAACGCCUACAGAUGUUUUCCACAGCCACGACAUAUUUCUGUCGCCAUGGACAAGUUUGGAUUUAGACUACCUUAUGUGCAGUAUUUUGGAGGUGUCUCUGCUUUAAGUAAACAACAGUUUCUUACCAUCAAUGGAUUUCCUAACAAUUACUGGGGCUGGGGAGGAGAAGAUGACGAUAUUUUUAACAGAUUGGUUUUUAAAGGCAUGUCUAUAUCUCGCCCAAAUGCUGUGGUUGGGAGAUGUCGCAUGAUCCGCCACUCAAGAGAUAAGAAAAAUGAACCCAAUCCUCAGAGGUUUUCCCGAAUUGCACACACAAAGGAGACAAUGCACUCUGAUGGUCUGAACUCACUCACCUACCAGGUGCUGGGCAUAGAGAGACACCAAUUAUAUACUCAAAUCACAGUGGACGUUGGGACACCAAGCUAGCAGUUUGAUCCAAAUAAAAGAGACUGAAAGUGGCCAGGGACCCUGCUGUGUGACUGUCAGGCUGCUGGGCCGGUCCCUCUCAUCGUACAACCUGAGUGAUAGGUCCCUUCAUGCAUCCCACAGAAGCCUUUCCAGAUGACCAGGAGGAGUGGAAUAUUUUGUCUCCAGCUUGACUUGGCCAAAUGUGACUUCUUAGCAGUACAAGGUGUUGGCAGUAUAGAAACUGUCAGCCUGUGGGGGCUUCUUGACGUGUUCAGAAUGUCACCCCAAAGCCUCUGAACUGUGCAGCUCAGAAUUGGUGACUGUUGGACUCAGUCCCACUGAGGAAACUGCUGACUUGUGAAAUGGGUAAGAAUUUUGCUUUAAAUUGGGAUGUUUUUAUGGCCUCAUGAAAAAUUGGAAAUUGCUGCUAAAAUUGAUUGGUAUGAUAUCUUUCGGUAGUCAAGUUUUAACAAAAAAACCCAAAGUUUCAACCAGUCUCUCAUUGUGUCCCCUCCCCCCACCAUCUUUCGGUGGUGUACAACUAUUACAAUCAGUGUGUGCUGUGUGACUUUUCAGAAAAAAGGAGUUUUAAAACUUGAGCCUUGAACCUCUGUCCUGCUUAUGUAUGAAUCCCAGGGCAACUUUAGCCAUCAGAGCAAAGGCCUUGGGUGUUCUCACAGUGCCUGUCUCCAAGUUGUCUGAUUUCUGAAUGUAAAGAUUUUUUUUAAAAGAAGCAGCUUGUAGUAUUUUAAAGAAAAAAAUCAAGUUCUAAUUAUGGUCUAUCUUGCUACUUGUGUUGAUCCACAUUUGCAUAACUGUUUAGUGUGAAGUCAUGACAAUUUAUUUUUCUGGGCAUGUUAUCUAAACUUGAAUUGCCUAUGUAUUUUUUUAUUGUGGCAUUUUAAAUGUGGGAGGGGAUUGAACAUUUUUUUAGGAGAAAACAAAUAAUGUAUGCUGUAAUGGCCACAAAUGGGCCUCUUGAUUUAGCUGGCAGGCCAGGUUUUAUGAAGAGAAGAAUCACCUUUGGAUCUUUUGAUGUGGUAAAGCCUUCUGGUCAGCGUUAUACUGCCAGACCUGGGGGCAAAGCCCAGAGCCAGGCUCGGCCUGCUGGGUGGAACUCUCCCUCCCCACCCUCCCCAGGUAGGCAGCUCCCGGGCCUCAGCCUUGUCCACCAAGUACGCCAGGCCCAAGGCUGCUGGGUUGUAAAUAAGGCAGUCAGGUUGUUUACAGCCCCCUGUUCCUCCCCAGCUGGAGGGAACUUCUGUUCAGGCAGAGACUGCUCCCCAGAGCCUCGGUGGCCACACUCCUGGCCCACCCUGCAUUCCCGGGUCUUCUCCUUCCUCCCUACCUGCCUUUCUCCUUUCUUCUUUUCUUUCCCCUUUAGUUCCUUCGCCUCUUGUCUGUUCCCUAAAAUUUGCCUGUGGCACUCAGGGUCCAAAAGACUAUUCAUUCUCCAGCAGGACUGUGCCUUUUAAUUAAUGAUUAGAAAGUUCAGCUGCACCCACACCUCCAGCUCCUCCUGAGACCUCUGGUGCCUAAAGCCUCCCUUUCCCCCUCAGGGUUUUAGCAGGUGCUCCCCCCGACACGGGGUCCUUCACAAACCCACCUCUCCUGGGCAGGAGGCACUCCUACCACAGAAUGCCUCCCCACGUCCAUCCUGGGCUGAGGUCCUAAGGGUCAGCUACCUAAUCCUAGGGUUGAGCCCUUUGCCAGAACCCAAGCUUACUGCCCUUCUGGGCACCAGCCCUGAGUGUAGAGGCUGAGCUGAUGCCUAGGCCCUAAUCCUACCUGUGCCUUUAUUGCUUUGAGCAUCUUGAAUGCUGACUUGGUUCUUUUUCCAGAAGUCUUUGUUUUGGUAAGAAAUUUCCUUCCUCUGCAGAGCAGGCAGGGCAAUGCGGGUAUUCCUCCCUCGGUUCCCCACGCCUUAAAAUGAUAUUAUUAAAACUUAGAAUGACUGCACUGAGAGAGAGUUUUGAGAAAUACAGAGGCCUUCUGUCCCUAGAUCCUGACUUUUCCAAAGUGCCUUAAAAAAGGAAACAGUGCCCUGAAUGGUGACUUCCUUCACUCUUGAUAUUCCUUUUUUGUUUGUUUGUUUCCUGUCACAGUUUCAUUCAUAUGAGUAUGUGAUUCAUUCUCAGAACUAAGGGAAAUUCUGCUUCACCUGUCCUGUCCUCCCUCCUUGCUGACUUUCCAGUGCUCUUAGGGGGUAACCCCAGGCACAGCUGUGACAUUUGCCCAGCCCAGGAAAUACUGUCGGUUCAGUUUCUUCACUGGACCUUCCAGGGCUGCGAGUUCAGAAAGCCUUUACCUUCUCUUGGUAGUUACUCCCUUGAAAUUGUCAUGUGCUGUGCUUUUCUCUGUGUCUGUCCAUCCUGUUGCCAGUGACCCCAUGUCAAGUAGCCUUUGGGAAAGAUCCAAGUUGGCACAGAAGAGCAAAAGAAAUGCUGUACUAGCCUUUAGCCUGACCAUUGUCUCCACUGAGCACUGGCCUGGGUGUGGGGUGCCUCACACAACCAGGAAACAACUUUCAUGUCCUUGAGACCUGUUGAGCUAUGUAUUUUUAUUUCUUGCAUAUGCAAAUAUGUAUACUUACUGUGGGGGAGGUCAGUUUCUGACCUUGGUGUUCAGAACAGACAACUGUAUUUUUGCCUGUGAAAUCCAGUAAUAUAACAUGAAUAAAUGAUCCUAUCUUUGUAA